AUCAACUACGUCGCGUUGCUCGCUCGCUGUUCUUCUCGUUGCUCCAUUGCUGCUGCUGCUAAUCGCUGACUAAAGUUAAACGUCCGUUCAGUAUAUUGAUUGUUACCUGUAGCUGCUGCAACUGUGCAGGAUGCGCGCUUAAUUUGUUUGACAAACGUUUAGUUUAGCAAGCGGCUCUUCAAAUUUAGAAAUGCAGCGACUGUUGUGUUUAAUUUUUUGCGCCUCCUUGGGCUACUUUGGUUAUCCUGUGCUCGCUGAUAUCGAAUAUAAUACUAUAAAUGCAGAUGGAUCGUUUCAAUUUCGACAUGCAAAUGAUGACAUUGGCGGCUACUAUCAUAGCGCCUCCGGCACUCCAGACAACACAGUGCGAGGUCGUUAUGGUUCGCGUAGUCCAGCGAGCGGCCAAAUCGAAGAGACCGUUUAUACAACCGGACCACGUGGCUUUCGCGUAAACGGCCCUAAGAUUCAUCGCAAAAUGGACUUGGCGCAGUAUCCGGUGCGUCCACGUGGCAGUCCCGAUGAUCCGCUUGCUGAUCCUUAUGACGAUCCAUCCUAUAGCUUCAGCUUUCGCACACCAGAUCAGUCGCGCAGCGAGGAGAAUGAUGCCACCAAUAGAGUGAGAGGUCUUUAUUCCUACCUGGAUGAUGUGGGUGAGCGUCAUAGCGUGCGUUAUGCAGCUGGCGCCGGCACUGGCUUUGAGAUCUCCAAUGCGGUGCCGGAUAAUCCCAUCAGUGUUGGCUAUGCCAAUCCGCUGUACAAGGCGCCGCCCAGAACGCGUGGCAAGAUGUCGGUGCAACGUGGUCCAGCGGGCACUUAUAAGCUGAUAGCAGCUGGCCCGGAUCAUCGACGUGCCGAAAGUCGUGCCUCGGACGGUUUGGUGCGUGGCACUUACUCCUUUCUGGAUGACAAGGGCGUGCAGCGCACUGUGGAGUAUAUUGCGGGUGCAGGCAUAGGCUACAGAGUGGUGAACAAUCGUGUGGGUCCUGGCACGCAUAAUAAUCCUUCGGUGGCAGACUUUCGCUUGAGCGACACAGAUUUCCGCUUGGCAAAUGAUUUUGGCAGAGGUGCAGGUGGUAGAUUGGGAGGCGGGGGCGGCGGAGGCACAAGCGGUGCAGGUGCCAGUGCUGUCGGCUCUGGACCUGCUGGUGGUCGCGGCGGCACUGCAGCUGGCACGGAUUAUGUAAAGUCAGCAGCAGGCAGCAGAACUGCCAUUGAGGAGAGCGAUCUUGGUGCUGAGGACGAAGCGCUGGGCAAUGAUGUCACAGGCAAUGGUGAAGAUGUUGGACCAAGCGGCUCAGCUGGAGGCAGAGGCAAAGAAGAUAGACGUGGCUAUGCAGCAGGUGGACAGGGGCAACGUGGCAGCACCAGAUAUGAUGGAGGCACUGGCGGUGGUGGCGCUGGAGGCGGCACUGGCAGCGCAACUGCUGGUGGUGGUGGCUUCAGGGAAAGCAGCACAGCAGGCAGCAGAACACGCAGACCAGGUGGUGGCGCAGCUGGUGCUGCAAGUCCAGCACGCGGUGGCACCAGAAAUCGCAAUAGAUUCAACACUGCUGGUGGCGCUUCAGCUAGCGCGGACUUCUUGCCCAGCAGCACCGCUGUUAGUGGACCGGGUGACAACUACAAUCUGAACGAUGACGAUGUGGGCGGCUCGUUGCCGCCGCUGGUCACUGCCAAUCAUCGCAUACUGGAGAUCGAUCGGGAUCGUGAGUGGGUGCAGCGCCAUCGCGACUCCACUGUGAUCAAGAAUGUGGGCAAGUGGUAUGUGGGUCUGCCGCCGGGACAGAGCGUGCGCGCGCAUGUGCAGAACAUUGAUCUGGUGCCGCUGGGCGGUCGCGUCAACUUGUCGCCAUCGGAGGCGCUGCGGCAGGACGAGAUUGCCGAGCUGAGCGCCUCCAGGGAGCACUAGCUGCGAGUAGCUGGCGUAGUCUUAAGUAAAUUGCAAACUAAAACUGGGUCUGCCUGCGGUGGCGCCACAAGUAAACUGUAACAGUAUUUAUGCCUAAAAUACAAAAGCGAA